AUGGAGACCUGGGAGGCAGUUAAAGCGUUAUCCCAGAACAACAAGUUGACGCAUGUGCUGGUCGGCACGGCAGCCGCCGCGGUGCUAGCUCUAGGUGUCGGAUAUAAAUACUGGCGGAAGUCGGAGACUCAUGUGCGUGUGGGCGUCGUAUCGCAGCUCCUAAUCCACCCUCUAAAGUCCGGCAAGGCGGCGUCGGUGCCGCUCGCAGAGUGCCUCAAGAAGGGCCUCAAGUGCGGGGAGAUGCAGGACCGCCACUGGAUGGUGGUGACGGAAGAUGGCCACAUGGUGACAGGGCGGCAAGAGCCACGUCUGGUUUUGGUGUCGUUGACGUGCGAGGGUGGUCAGGUGUGCCUGAACGGGCCCGACAUGGCUGAGCUGCGUUUCCCCAUUGAGCAGCCCAAUAAUGCUGUUAUGGACUGCAGAGUGUUCAGUGCUGACAUUCAGGGGCGAGACUGUGGUGACCAAGCAUCCUGCUGGUUAGUCCGCUACCUCCAGGCGGACAAGACCUUUCGCCUAGUGCACUUUGAACCCCAAAUGAGGGCCAGGAGAUUUGUAGAAGCUGAACCCCUUUACUCUCAAAAAAAGGAAGUGGUGUACCCCGACUGCGGUCCGGUCAUGCUUCUGUCCGAGGCGUCCGUCAAGGACCUGAGCGGCAAGCUGGACAAGGACGUCACAGUGGAGCGCUUCCGGCCCAACAUCGUCAUAGACGACUGCGAGGCGUUUGCCGAAGAUUCUUGGGACGAGAUCCAGAUUGGCAGCGUACGUCUGCGGCGGGUGAUGUCAUGCGGGAGGUGCAUUUUCACCACGGUGGAUCCUGAAACUGGAAUCAUCAACAGAAAAGAGCCUCUUGAAACACUUAAGAGUUACCGCCAGUGCAAACCCCACGAGAAGCACAUCUACAAGUCGGCACCGCUGUUUGGACAGCUGCUGAGCGUGGAGAAGACUGGCGUGAUGCAGGUGGGCGAUCACGUCUACAAGAUCAGCCGUUGA